AUGCUCCAGGACGGCACCAUGGGAGGCACAAGGGACGAAGGCAGCUGCUACUUGCAGUUCAACUUGAUUCCUGUGGGUCUGAGGAUCGUGGCCAUCCAGAGCACCAAGAGCAAACUCUACGUCGCCAUGAACAGUGACGGCUUCAUCUACACCUCUUCUGACCCUACACCUCUGACCCUACACCUCUGUGAGUCUGACCCUACACCUCUGACCCUACACCCUCUUCUGACCCUACACCUCUGUGAGUCUGACCCUACACCUCUGACCCUACACCUCUGUGAGUCUGACCCUACACCUCUGACCCUACACCCUCUGACCCUACACCCUCUGUCCUCACACCCUCUGACCCUACACCUCUGUGAGUCUGACCCUGCACCUCUGACCCUACACCCCUCUAGUCUGACCCUACACCUCUGUGAGUCUGACCCUACACCCUCUGUGAGUCUGACCCUACACCCUCUGACCCUACACCUCUGUGAGUCUGACCCUACACCUCUGACCCUACACCUCUGUGAGUCUGACCCUACACCUCUUCUGACCCUACACCUCUGUGAGAGUCUGACCCUACACCUCUGUGAGAGUCUGACCCUACACCUCUGUGAGUCUGACCCUACACUCUCUUCUGACCCUACACCUCUGACCCUACACCUCUGUGAGUCUGACCCUACACCUCUGACCCUACACCUCUGUGAGUCUGACCCUACACCUCUUCUGACCCUACACCUCUGUGAGUCUGACCCUACACCUCUGACCCUACACCCUCUGACCCUACACCCUCUGUCCUCACACCCUCUGACCCUACACCUCUGUGAGUCUGACCCUGCACCUCUUCUGACCCUACACCUCUGUGAGAGUCUGACCCUACACCUCUGUGAGAGUCUGACCCUACACCUCUGUGAGUCUGACCCUACACUCUCUGUGAGUCUGACCCUACACCCUCUGACCCUACACCUCUGUGAGUCUGACCCUACACCUCUGACCCUACACCUCUGUGAGUCUGACCCUACACCUCUGACCCUACACCUCUGUGAGUCUGACCCUACACCUCUGUGA